AUGGAGGAGGUGAUGGAGGAGGUGAUGGAGGAGGUGAUGGAGGAGGUGAUGGAGGAGGUGAUGGAGGAGGUGAUGGAGGAGGGGAUGGGGGAGGUGAUGGAGGAGGUGAUGGAGGAGGUGAUGGAGGAGGUGAUGGAGGAGGUGAUGGAGGAGGUGAUGGAGGAGGUGAUGGGGGAGGUGAUGGAGGAGGUGAUGAGGAGGAGAUGGAGGAGGUGA